AUGGACAGAGGCGGUUACAAUCAGAGACGUGGUGGUGGUAACGCCAGAGGCUACGGAGGAGGAGGCCGCGGAAGAGGAAGAAACUUUCCCCAACCCCCACGGCAACCGGCUGACAGUGGCGCCGGCAGAGGAGUUAAUCCGCAACCACCACCGCCAGAGUUGCAGCCCAGGCAGCCGAGCACCAUCACCUUUGGGUCAUUCACCGCAGGCAGCCGAACGGCACAAACAAAACUCGUUUCCCCUCCUUCAGAACCUCAUCCGCAACCACCACCGCCACAGUUGCAGCCAAGGCAGCCGAGCACCAUCGUCUUUGGGUCAUUCACUGCAACCAGCAGCCGAAGCGCACCUCCAAAUACGGUUUCCCCUCCUUCAAAACCUCAUCCUCCCUCUCGACAAGACUCCAGUGAAACGAUCUCACCCGUUCGGAGGCCCGACCACGGUGGUAGGGAGGCUUUUGGGAAGCGGACUCUUCUGGUGAACCAUUUUCUAGUGGAAUUCAACCCGAAUAAGAGCAUAAUGCAGUACCAUGUCGAGGUGAGUCCCCAAUCGCAGCCGCAACCAGGUCUUCCACCGAGGAGGAUAUCAAAGACUGAACUGUCAUUGAUACGUGACAAGCUCCUUGACCAUCCGGAGGUGCCGUCAGGGAUGAUCGCCUAUGAUGGCGAGCGGAGCAUUUUUAGCAUGGUUCCUUUGCCGGAAGCUCUUGUGGUGGAAGUAUCCAAGGGAGAGAACGAGAAACUCACUGGAUUCAACGUGACGUUGACUCUAGUAAAAAACCUUGAAAUGAGUAGGUUGGAUGAUUACAUCAGAGGCAGGGAAUUGUCAAUCCCCCAUGAGAUCUUGCAUGGUUUGAAUGUUGUCUUCAAGAAGAAUCCAACAAAAUGUACGGUUCCUGUUGGGGGCUGCUUUUACCCAUUGGCUCCAAAGGUUAGAGAGACGAAUCUUGAGCCUGGUGUGAUUGCUGUUGGAGGGUUUCGGCAUAGUCUCAAACUAACCCAGCAAGGACUGUCAUUGUGCUUGGAUUCUUCGGUUUUGUCUUUCAAGAAACAAAUGUCAGUGCUGGAUUUCCUUGAAAAACAGAUUACCGGUUUCAAUUUGCGUGAAUUCGGGAAGUAUAGAAAAACCGUUGAAAAAUUGCUAAUUGGUUUGAAGGUUCAGGUCAACCACCGGAAGAACACACAGAAGUACAGCGUUGCUGGUCUAACUGAAAAAGACACGCGACAAACCAUUUUCUCCGUAGCGGAUGCACAGGGGAACCCCACCAUUCAGCUUAGCCUUGUUGACUUCUUCAAGGAUAAGUAUCAGAUUGUUAUCAAGAACGAGGAUAUCCCUGCACUGGUUUUUGGAGGUAACAGGACCAGAUAUGUGCCAAUGGAACUUUGUCACUUGGCUGAGGGUCAGAUGCAUCCCAGACAGUACUUGAGCAGGCAGGCUGCGAAGGCUUUGAGAAAUUUGUGCCUGCCUCUACCGCCAGCGAGGCAAGCUCGAAUAAUGGAGAUGGUGAAGUCAAGCUGUGGACCGUGUGGGGGUGAUAUCGUUGCAAAUUUUGGAAUGAGUGUCAGCAAUGCUAUGACAAAAGUGGCUGGGCGUGUACUUAGACCUCCAGACCUGAAGCUUCGGGAUCCAACAGGCAGGACUUCCCUUGUGAAAUUGACUCCAGAGAAGUGCAAAUGGAAUUUAUAUGGCAAGUCAAUGGUUGAAGGUAAGCUGGUUGACCGUUGGGGCAUUCUUGAUUUUACCACCCGCAGCAACCGUGUGUUUAACAGUGACAGCUUCAUUGCUAAGCUUACUAAGCAGUACAACAACUUUGGCAUCACCAUGAAGAAGCCGGUUUUGACAAGAAAAACAGAAAUGUGGAAACUUAGCAACUAUAAUCAGCUUUAUGACUUACUUGAAAAGAUUAAUUCUGAGGUUUCCAAAAGCUAUAAACGCCCGCUGCAAUUUCUUCCGUGUGUAUUGGCCUACAAAGAUCCAGGUUACAAGUGCCUCAAGUGGAUUGCUGAGACCAAGGUCGGCAUUGUGACACAGUGCUGCGUGUUGGGUAGUACUAGUUUUGGAAGCGAUCAAUAUCUUAGUUAUCUUGCUCUCAAGAUCAAUGCGAAAAUUGGAGGUAGCAAUGUGGAGCUUAUGAAUAGGCUUCCUUACUUUGAGGGCAAUCGUCAUGUAAUGUUUAUCGGGGCUGAUGUAAAUCAUCCGAAUACCAGGGACGCAAAUAGUCGGUCAGUUGCUGCUGUGGUUGCCACAGUUAAUUGGCCGGCUGCAAACCGCUAUGCUGCUCGUCUUUGCGCUCAAGGGUGUCAAGGGACUAGGACUGAGAAAAUUUUGAACUUUGGAAAGGAUUGCUUUGAGCUUGUUUCAUAUUAUGAAAUGCUGAAUGGAGCCAAGCCUGAAAAGAUUGUUAUCUUCCGUGAUGGGGUCAGUGACAGCCAAUUCCAGAUGGUUCUUGGUGAAGAGCUUCAGGAUUUGAAGAAGACCUUCAAACGUGCAAAUUACUCCCCAACCAUCACUCUUAUUGUGGCACAAAAGAGGCACCAGACUCGACUGUUCCCUUCGUAUGCUACUGGCGACAAUGUGUUACCCGGAACAGUGGUGGAUACAGUAAUCGUCCACCCCUUUGAAUUCGACUUCUAUCUGGUUAGUCACAGUGGAGGCCUGGGAACAAGCAAGGCCGUUCAUUACUUUGUCUUGUGGGAUGAACACAAUUUCACGUCAGAUAAACUCCAGAAACUCAUAUAUGACAUGUGCUUUACAUUUGCAAGGUGCAUGACUCCUGUCUCUUUAGUCCCUCCGGUGUACUAUGCUGACCUUGCUGCAUACAGAGGACAACAAUACUAUGAAGCAAAGGUUCAGAUGCAAUCUCGUUCAGCUACAUCUUCCUCAUCAUCAGCUUUAGCUUCUUCGUCCGUUUCUUCAGCUACCUCAAAUUUGAAUGAUAUGGACUUCUGCAAGCUGCAUUCUGAUCUGGAAAAUAUAAUGUUCUUCAUCUGA